AUGAAAACAGCAGUGUUGUUGUUAUUCUCCAUUCUCCACACGGGCCAAGCAGCUUUCGGCGCCUACAACCUCUACCUGGCCUCCAUCUCCAUCCGCAACCUUUCCGGCUACGAAGAGACCAUCAAGAAAGCAGCCAAGCAUUCGAAUACCGUCGGAGAGCAGCUGCACAGGACUAGAACUACCCAAGCGAGCGGGACAUGCGCAAUCCUGGCAUCGUUGCUCAGCUCCAUCUAUCUGCUUCUCGUUUCAGAGAAUGGGCGGCUGGUGGUGGUAGGCCUGAACGCACUCGCGCUGGCCUCGGCAUGGCACCACGUCGGCGCCUUCUGGACGCAUAAAGCGCGGAUCCCGCUCCCCGGCGUGGGGGACUACAACGCGGCGAUGCGGAACACCCAGGAGGUGCGCGCGAAUAUGGCGUACCUGGUCGCGAGCUGGGUCGCGGUCGGGGCUCUCGCCUUGCUUUUUUGA